AUGAGUGAUUUCCUGAAAUCGGCUAUGAGCUACUUCAACGCGACCCCGUCGAACGGAUUGGACAACGAAUUCGUCGGUCAAACGGUGGAAGUGUCGAACGUGAAGCUGCGUAUCAAGCGUGUUAUAGCGGAAGGUGGAUUUGCGUACGUGUUCGUGGCCCAGGAUGUUCAGUCGGGAACCGAGUUUGCAUUGAAGCGAUUACUCGGCACCGACAAGGAAGAAUGCAACAACAUCAUUCGCGAGAUCAACAUCCACAAGCAGGUCUCGGGACACCCGAAUGUGGUGAAGUUUGUGGCCGCCACCUUCAUCGAUCGGACACAGGCUUCCGGAGGCGGCCAACGGCGUGCCGAGUAUUUGCUCGUGUCGGAACUGUGCAAGGGUGGCGGGCUGUACGACUGUCUCGAGCAGGAUCUUGCCCCGGAGACGGUGCUCCGUGUGUUCUACCAGGCCACGAAAGCCGUCGCCCAUCUGCACAGUCAACCGAAACCGAUUAACCAUCGGGACAUUAAGAUUGAAAACUUCCUCAUCGGUAGCGAUGGGUUGCUGAAGCUGUGUGAUUUCGGGUCGGCAUCGACCGACAGCUACGCACCGGACGUGACGUGGAAUGCGCAGCAACGCGACACACUGGAAGACGCCCUGACGCGCUGCACAACUCCGAUGUACCGCGCACCGGAACAGUUGGACACGUGGGCCAACUAUCCGAUCGGUUUCAAGAUGGACGUGUGGGCGCUCGGCUGUGUCCUGUACUGUCUCUGCUACCGCAAGCACCCGUUUGAGGAUUCGGCCAAGCUGCGCAUCAUCAACGCGAACUACACCAUUCCAAACGACUCGCGGUACGCGUGCUUCAGUGACACGAUUCGCGGUUGCCUGCAGGUUGACCCGAACCAGCGCUUCGAUGCGGCCAUGGUGCUGGAGCGUUUGGCAGCGAUCGCCGAAACGAAGGGGUGGCCACUGAAGUCCCCGCUCGGGUUGUCGGGUAAACCGCUAAACUCGCCACCGUCCGGUGUUACACCGACACCGAGUCCGGUACACCGAGCAAAUGGUGCCGGUGCUGUGGUUCCGGAGCGACCGGCUCCACCACGACCCGUCUGCCCACCCGGUGGACCGGUACAGGUUGGGGCCGACGUUGCGGCGAACAAAAACAAUAGGUACCCGCAGCGGCCACCCGAUCCCGUUCGAGUGACGGUUAGUGGUGUUCCAGUGCAACAACCACCGGCGGCUGGCUUUUCUGGUCAUCACCACCAGCCGGCUCCCCCGUACGGUCAACCGGUGGCAGCGGCCGGUGGCGGUUUGUUUUCGUCCAUCAAGGGCGGUGCUGGCAGUUUCCUCAAGAACCUGAAGGACACCUCCUCGAAGGUGAUGCAAACGGUGCAGCAAAGCAUCGCCCGGACCGAUCUCGAUCUCAGCUACAUUACCCAGCGCAUCCUCGUGAUGCCGUGUCCCUCGGAGGGGCUCGAGUCCACCUACCGCACCAACAACAUCGAAGACGUAAAGGUGUACCUCGACACACGCUACCAACCAACGAAGCUGAGCGUCUACAACUUGGGACCGCGCAGCAGUCCCCGGAUGCCGCCGCCGGUCCGUACCGUCGAGGCCGGCUUCAUCUACGCUCCGGUGCCAGCAAAUGCUAGUUUGGCCAGCGGUAAAGCUCCGCUUCUGGCAGGCCUGUACUCGCUGGUGGAAGAUAUCUACGGGUUUCUGAGCGCCGACCCGAAAACGAUCGUCGUCAUCCAGAGCCCGGAUAGUGGCCGUGCACUGGCGGCAACGGUUGUGUGUGCGCUGCUAAUCUACGCCGGGCUCGUGACGGAACCGGAAGAUGCGAUGCAAAUAUUUGCCAUCCGGCGGACGCCACCGAACAUGCGGCCGUCGGAGUUGCGGUACCUUUACUAUCUGGGCGACAUCGUCCGAUCGGUGCCCCACUUGCCGCACUACAAACCGGUCACGCUAGUGUCGCUGGCCGUGUCGCCGGUACCGCGCAUGACGAAGGCCCGCGACGGCUGCCGCAUGUACGUGGAGGUGGCCACCGCCGAUCGGAUCGUGUUCUGCACGCUCCAGGAUUACGAGCGAAUGCGCCUGUAUCACUCGGCGGAGGGCAAGAUCGCUCUGGCCAUGAACGUUACGGUGUGUGGCGAUGUGACCAUCACGCUGUACCACGCGCGAAACGCCCUCGGAGGGAUGGGCCGUCCGCAGGGUAUCCGCAUCUGCCAGCUGCAGUUCCACACCGGGUACAUUCCGGAAGAGGAAACGCUCAUCAACUAUGACCGGUCCGAGCUGGACGAGGUGCCGGAUCUCGAGCAUGUGCCGCAAAAGUUUUGCGUUGCGUUGAGCGUCUUCGUCGGUGACUCGGAACGGCCACCGUCCAGCCAACCGCCGUGGCGCGGCGCCGCUAAAGCUGGCAUGCGCGACCCAAAGCUGCUCUUUGCCACCCAGCUGGAGUACGAGGAGAAUGUGGACAACUUUGUCACCAAACCGAACCGGGGAGCUUCCUCGGCGGCCAGCGGAGGAUCGGUGGCGCCCCAGAAACCGCCACCACCGCGACCGGCACCACCCUCUCCGCAGCCGGUCCACCGAGGAGGGUUCGUCGGUGAGCCACCGGGUGCUGCACCGAGCAUUGUGACCGAGGAACGGGAAGCUGAUCUGCUCAAUCUCAGCAAAUCUAGUCACGGGGCAACGCCACCGGUAGCGGCCGGUGGUGAAGAGGAUCACCGCCCGGCUGCCGAAGAAACGUUCGAUCUGCUCGGUGGUCUAUCGCCGCCGACGAGCAGCGAAGUACCGCCGGCUGGCCGCACAUCGACCAAAUCGGCCGUUUUGGAUGAAAUCUUCGGAACAUUCGACGAUGGGACGCCGGCAGAGGCCACCCUGCAUGCAUCGAAAUCGAGCAGCGAUCUGAAUGGGUUGAACCUAAACUUUGAUCACUUCGGUGGCGUGGCGCAACCGGCGGCCCCGUUUAGCAAUGGGUCCUCGGCGGAGGCAAGCGGCGCAACCAACGCGAACAACAGUUUCGGAUUUGACGCGUUCGCCGGUGUAGGACCGCAAGUGUUCUACAAUAGUGCCGCGUCUCCGGCGCAAACGAAUGCCGCCGGUCAAAGUCAACCGAAGGACCCAUUCGCCGACAUUGGCAACUUAACGGCCGGUUUGGUUGCUGGAGGCAACCAGGGCCAGGGCCAGGGUGGUGGUGGUUGGGGCAAGGGUGGUGGUACAACGCCUAGCCCACGCUCGACACAGUUCUCUAGUCCCACGCACCAGUUCAGCGGUGCCAGUACGGCCAACCCUUCGCCGAGGGCACCGUCUACGCCGAAUCAUCAGCAGAUGCGCAGUCCGAACGAGGGCAAUCCGCAACGUCAACCCGACUACAGCCGGUCGCACUUUGCUGAACCGUCCAAGGGUACCACGCCGAACAACGGCGGCGGCGGCAGCAAUGGUAGUAACGGCGGCGCUGGUGGUGUUGGUGGUGGCGUUGGCGGUGUCCGUUCCGGGGGUGAUAUAUUCGGCGACAUUCUUGGCCAGCAGGGUUACUCGUUUGGGAGUACGAAAAAUCAGGGUCCGCGCACGAUGAACGAUAUGCGCAAGGAGGAACUGGUGAAAGAGAUGGACCCGGAGCGAUUAAAGCUGAUGGAAUGGACCGAGGGCAAGAAGAGCAACAUACGGGCGCUGCUCUGUACCGUCCACACGAUUCUGUGGCCCGGCGCCAAGUGGACAAAGUGUGAAAUGCAUCAGCUGGUGACGGCGGCGGAUGUGAAAAAAAUCUACCGCAAAGCUUGCCUCGCCGUUCACCCGGAUAAGCACACCGGCACCGAGAACGAAAGCAUGGCCAAGCUGAUCUUCAUGGAGCUGAACAACGCCUGGACCGAGUUCGAGAGUGAUGCUAGCCAGCAAAAUCUGUUCGCUAACUAA